AGGAGCUACUUCUUCACGAUUUCUCUGCACAGCAAGUCAAAAUGAAGCAGCUUGUGUUCUUCAUGUGCCUCCUGGUCUCUACCUUGGCUGCUCCUGCUCCAGCAAGUGAAAGCACUGAGGUUGCAGUGCAUGCUAAUGAAGCCCUGAGGUGGAUGGAGCUGUAUAGGCUGUACCAGCAGCAGGGAAUAGUACAAAAUCCCUUCCUUCCCUCUGCUCAUGCUUCUGUCGAUGCUGCACCGCCACAGUCAGCUGAUGUCCCCCCUCCAGCUCCCAUCCCUGUUGGAGAUGCUUCAGAGGAUGAGACAGAGGAUGUGAACCCUGCCACCAAAACUGGAUCACCUGCCCCACUAAACUCUGAUGAGGUAGAGGAGGCCGAGGAAGUGGAGGCAGCUGAGGCCGACCCAGCCGUGGUUGAAGCGGCAGAACCUUCUGCAAACCCUGAUGUCCCUGUAGAUGCUGCUCCAGUUGAUGCUGCUACUGUGGACGUGCCUCCAGUUGAUGUAGUUCCUGUUGACAGUGCCCUAGCAGCCCCUGGGGUGGCUGUUGAUCCAGCUGCCCCUGCCAAGGCUGAUAUACUUACUGCUGGUGAUGUCCCAGCUGAGGUUGAUGCCGGUGCCACUGAUGUCGGUGCAGCCGCACUGGCUGCUGAGACUAACAUGACAGACGGGGCAGCAGAUCCCACUGCACUGUAGCCUGCCUCUCAUCACCAGCCAACAUCAUCCUCUGUUAGCACAUAAAACUAUGGCUGAAAACAGCCACAGAUAAUGUAGUUAAACAGAGAUUUAAAAAAAAAAAAUGAGGAAA